AUGCCUCCCAUGACUGCAGCAGGUAUGUUUCCCAUGACUGCAGCAGGUAUGCCUCCACCCAAUGCUGGAGGUAUGCAUCCACACAUGUCACCACAAUUGCAGCCUUCAGCAAAUGUAGAUGAAAUGCACAAUCCAACGGAUGACGAGGUAGAGGAGGUAGCAAUUGUUGGUGGUCCAUCAAAUGGAGGUAGGAAGAGAGGGGGCAGUAAUACCAAAUUGGCCAACUUUGCAGUAGAGGAAGAUGUCAACAUUGUGAGGUCAUGGCUAGAGAUAAGUUGUGACCCAAUUGUGAACACUGGCCAGAAGAGAGACAACUUCUGGGAUCGUGUUAUGAAACAAUACAAUGGGAGGCGGGGUUCAUUCCCAAAAAGGACGUUGAGGUCUGUCCAGUCUCGCUGGGAUAAGAUCAAACAAGAAGCAACGAAGUUCGCUGGGUACGUGGCAAAGGCUAUUCGGGAUGACGCUAGUGGGACAUCGGACGCUGAUAAGACAACCUUAGCAGCAUCCGACUUUGCUGCUAUUGAGGGAUACAAUUUUCAGUUCAUGCAUUGCUGGGACCUGAUGAAGGAUGAGCCCAAAUGGCAAGACGUAAAGCAGAGAAGUUCGAAAACAGUUGGUUCUAACACUAUUGACUUGGAUGGGGAUGAGGCAUCACCAGCAGGCACCGGCAAGAGGCCAAUUGGCAGGGAUGCAGCAAAAGCUUGCAAGAAGAAGUGUCCAUCUGGAUCGACAUCAUCUUCGGAAUACGCUUCCAAUCUGCAAGCCCUUUCAUUGCAAAAGAUGACAAUGUGGCAAGAAGAAAAUUCAAAGAAAGUAAACCGCUUUGACCAUCUUGCAAGUAUUGAAGAAAAGAGGUUCGAUGAGAUGCGUGAACACAACAAGUCCAUCCUACAGCUUGAGGAGGAGAAGAUAAAGAUCAUGCGCGACAAACUCAAUAUGCAGAUGCAAGAGAAGGAGAGGGAGAGACUUGAAAGAGAAAAGCAAGAAGAUGAGAGGAUUCUUAAGGUGGACCUUGAUUCUUGCACACCUGAGCUUCGCAUGUAUUACGAGGCGCUUCAUGAGGAGAUACUGUACAAGGUGUCAGCAAGAAGGCAGAGGAGCCGCCAAGUGUGA